CGAGUAAAAUAAAAGAAGAAGAAAAGAAGAAGAAAAAUGUUAUCUGCGCUCUUCCUCGCCGUGUACGUGACCACAGCAACAACCCAGAAAUUCAUGGCUCCACCAAGCACGUUCUGGAGGCCCACGGUUGGCGCUAUCUCCCUCAGGCCUUGGCAGAUCCCGAAUCCUGUGUCUUCCGUUCCUUGGCAGAUUCCCAUACCAAGGAGCGAGACGCCUUUGUCCCUCUGGUAUCCGCCCUCAGCACGUGAUCAACCGAAUCACUGGAUGGCUAAUUUGCCUCCUGAAAGAGGAGCGGCUGAUUCCGUGGCGAUGGAACAACCACUACCCGAAGCAAGCAGAUCAAAUAUGCAAUCAAUCCGUUUGCCUUCGACUCUGAAACCACUUCAUUAUUUGGUCAAACUUCAGCCUUUCCUCAACGGCAACUCCAGCGUCUUCGGUUACGUGGAGGUGGAGAUGGAGGUCCUGGAACCGACCUCCAACAUCACACUCCAUAUGGCCGACAUCAUCACUAAUAACGACUCUGUCAAGAUAUCAAGCCGUGAUGAUCCUGGAGCUCUAGCUCUGAGGAUCAAGAUGCAACUGUAUGACCACGAGCGUCAGUUCUAUAUCAUCCACCUGGAUGAGGAGCUGCAGAAGGGGAAGAAGUACGUUUUGGCCAUGGAUUUUAUCGGCUACCUAAACGACCAGAUGCGAGGCUUAUACAAGACCACCUACACUGAUGCUGACGGUAUGCAAAAGAAUCUAGCAACAACAAACUUCAAGCCCUCCUACGCCCGCCGCGCAUUUCCUUGCUUCGAUGAGCCCGCGCUGAAAGCCACCUUUGAGCUCUUCCUGGCGAGGGAAACCUGGAUGACGUCCGUGGCCAACAUCCCUCACACCGAAACUCUACCAGUAGAAGGUAUACAGGGAUGGCAAUGGGAUCGCUACCAGGAGACCUUUCCCAUCUCCACCUUCCAAGUCGGCUUCCUGGUGUCCAGCUUUGCCCAUCUGAACUCCACGGAAAACGAGCACGUCGUCUUCCGAGUGUGGGCCAGACGAGCGGUCCUCCAGCAAGCGGAUUACGCGAGGCAGGUCGGCCCCCAAAUCCUGACGCAUCUGGAGGAUUACCUGAACAAAACUUUCCCUCUUCCGAAGCAAGACUUGAUUGCUGUUCCAGAACUAAUACCUCGAGGAACGGAAGGCUGGGGAAUCACCCAUCUUAGAGAAGACCACAUGCUUUACCAUCCGGAAAUCUCAAGCAUAAGGGACCAAGAGCAAGUCACACACGCUGUUGCCUACGCGUUGGCGCAGCAGUGUCUCGGGGACGGUCUCGCUCCCGAAUGGUGGGAUGACGUGGGUCUUAACCAAGGACUUGCUAUGUUUAUGGAGUACACAAGCGUGGAACUUCUCGAGCCCGACUGGAAGGCUAAGGAGGAUUUCGUGGUCAGCCAACUCCACCCGGCCUUGGCUCUGGACUGCCUGGAAUCGUCGCUCGAAGUCAUCGCUCCGGUGGCUCGCCCGGAGGAAGUCAGCGAAAUCUCCGACGCCAUUGCCUAUGGGAAAGGUUCCUCUCUAUUUCGCAUGAUGAGCCACUUCCUGGGUGACAAGCUGUUUAGCGAUGGUCUUAACAGCUACCUGAGUGAAAUCAAGAAUAUCACUUCAAAAUACGACGAUCUCUGGGAAAGUCUGACAACAGCUGCGCAUCUAGACAAUGUACUGCCAGAGGAUACGACAGUUAAGAUGAUAAUGGAUACAUGGACUUCGCAAAAAGGUUACCCUGUCAUUAAAGUAAACAGGAGCCCAGACGGUACCUCCGCUACCAUCACGCAGGAACGUUUUCGGCAGGUGAAGAACCCCGAGGAGAGCCCCGAGAUCAAGUGGUGGGUUCCCCUGACGUACACGACCCAGAGCGACGCCACUUUCAAUCAGACUCUGGCUACGGCGUGGAUGAAGGACUCAGAGGACAGCAUCACUAUCACGUCCCUUCCGCUAAAGGACCAGUGGGUCAUCUUCAACCUGCAGCAGACGGGCUACUACAGAGUCAACUACGACGAUUCCAACUGGGGCCUCCUCAUCCAGCAGCUGAAGGACGACCACGAGGUUAUCCACGUCGUCAACCGAGCGCAGAUCAUUGAUGAUGCCAUGAAUCUUGCAAGAGCAGGUCAGCUCCGUUACGAGACUGCACUGCACAUGCUAUCUUAUCUCAAAAAUGAGACCGAAUACCUUCCCUGGUCGGCUGCCCUGAACAGCUUAGAUUACCUAGACUCCAUGUUAGGAGCGUCAAUGGACCGCGGUGCUAUAAAGAGUUUCCUCCUGGAUUUGAUGAUGCCCCUGUACAACUCUCUUGGGCUUACCAACGAAACAGAAGACUCUCGUCCUGUGCAACAUUUGCAAGAAUUAGCCGUGAAUUGGGCUUGCAAGCUAGGCCACCCCCAAUGUCUAAAUGACGCCGUCACCUCCUACCGUGUGUGGAUGGAAGUACCUAACAACAAAAGCAUCAUCUCGCCGAUCGUGAAGCCAUCAGUGUACUGCCACGCCAUCGCAGAAGGUGGAGCGAGUGAAUGGGCUUUUGGUUGGGAUCAAUAUCUGAAGUCAAACGUCGCAUCUGAGAGAGCGAAACUUCUGUAUGGGUUGGGAUGCAGUAAAGAAGUUACUGUUCUUACUAGUUAUCUUGAGAUGGCUUUCCAACACAAAGGCGACAUAAGAAGGCAGGAUUCCAUAAUAGUGUUUACAUCCGUCGCGAAAAAUGAGUUCGGACGCGCCUUAGCCUGGAGCUUCCUCAAGGACCGUUGGAAUGACGUCUUUACCUUUGAUAAGCGGCAGAGAGGGAGGAUGUUGGAGGAGGUCACUUACUUCUUCAAGACUAGGGAAGAUCUUCAGCAGGUAAGGCCUUCGUACCUCUGGCUGUAG